UGUCUUUCUUGGUUAUUAGCUAGUACUAGUAUUACAAUGUCUAUGUUGCAGCCCCCCAAUUCCCUCCUUAUGCCUUAAAUACACGUACUAUAUAUAUAGUUAAGAUUCAUCUAACUCUCUCCCCAACAUUCUCCUACCAGCUACCAUAAUUCACUCACCUCUUGUCUGAGUUUACGAGGGAACUUCCCUUUUCUUGAUUGAUCUCCAUUUAUAUACACAACAAAAAACUUCGGUACACAACAAAAAUACUAGGUGUACUCUUUUUAUUUCGUUUAUGUUUUAAAGAUCUGACCUUUUUAUACUGGGACUGUGAUUUGGAUUCAUAUAUCCUCCCACAACUUAUUUUAGAGAGAUCUCAAUUGACUCGGCAAAAUGGCUACUGGACAACUUUUUUCCAAGACUACACAAGCUUUGUUCUACAACUACAAGCAGCUUCCUAUCCAGCGAAUGCUUGACUUUGAUUUCCUUUGUGGGAGGGAAACGCCAUCUGUUGCUGGAAUUAUUAAUCCUGGUUCUGAGGGAUUCCAGAAACUCUUCUUUGGUCAGGAGGAAAUUGCAAUCCCAGUACAUUCAACCAUUGAAGCUGCCUGUGCUGCACAUCCCACGGCUGAUGUUUUCAUAAACUUUGCGUCUUUCAGAAGUGCUGCUGCUUCCUCCAUGUCUGCUCUUAAACAGCCGACUAUCAAAGUUGCGGCUAUUAUAGCUGAAGGUGUUCCUGAGUCAGACGCUAAGCAGCUGAUUGCUUAUGCAAAGGCAAACAAUAAGGUAAUACUAUGUCAUAUCAAUCAGUUUUCUGCAUUUGGGUACAUUAUUAUUUUGUCAGUGGUGGGAGUUAUAUUUUGAGUGAUGAUGUAUAAU